UAGCCGAGUACACCCAGUCGAGACAUGGCCGAAGAAGUGAUGUUACGGUGUCUAUAAAAAAAGAGUGAUCGACAUAAAUGAGUGGUAAACACGAGCAAAAUGCCCAGAAAACUACUGAAAUUCCUCAUCUUAUUCGAUAACACAUCGUUACUUUACUUCCCGGGACAGUUUUUGUCGGGCAGGGUUCUUAUUGAACUCCAGGAUGAUACACCUGCACUUGGCCUACAUUUCCACGUCGUUGGAGAAGGGGUAGUCAGAGUUCGCACCCCUCGCCAAGAGAGGGUGUAUGAUCGUGAAAACUAUAUAGAUUUUAGGAUGAGGCUGCUAGGAGAACCAGGUCAAGGACCAUCGGUUUUAUCUCCAGGUAUACACAGUUUUCCAUUCAAGCUUGGUUUACCACUGGGUUUGCCAUCCACCUUCCUAGGUAAACAUGGAUGGGUCCAAUAUUUUUGCAAAACUGCUUUGAGGGAACCAAAUGGACUCACCCAUAAAAAUCAACAGGUUUUCAUUGUGAUGAAUCCUAUAGAUUUAAAUUUAGAGCCAGCCAUAUUAGGAAACAUUUCGGGUCAGGAAACAUUUAGAUGUGAAGUGGAGCACAAAUUUGGAGUUAGUUGUGUUGGUUCUGGAGCAGUAGUUUGUAAAGUUACCUUAGAUAGAGGAGGAUAUGUUCCAGGAGAAAGUAUAGGUGUUUCGGCUAGUAUUUACAAUAGAAGUAGAGUUACAAUAAAGAGUACUAGAGCAGCUCUGACCGAAAGCAUAACAUAUAUGGCAAGAGGAAAGGUAGUCCAAUCGGAAAAAAGGGAACUGGCUUCAUUGUCUAGAGGUAAAAUCAAACCCGGAGAAAAAGAUGAAUGGAAUAAUGAACAACUAUAUAUUCCCCCAUUGCCACCUACCAAUCUUAGAGGGUGCCACCUCAUCAAAAUCAAUUAUGAUGUAUAUUUCAUAGUUGAACCAAAAAGUCUGCAGAAAGAAGUUAAGCUUCAGUUACCCAUAAUGAUGGCCACCUAUCCAAUACGUUCAGAAGAUGACGAAGGAGGAUAUAAAUCUGGAACCCAUUAUCCAUCAACCUUACCUAUUUUCAGGCCUUGGCUGGAGGACAAACCUACUCAGGAAUGACCAUUGUGGAUUUCAGUUAUGAAAUAUGAACAUUGAUAUGAUGGAAUCUCGCUGAGUUAAUAUGUUGAUCUACAAGGUUAAACGAAGGUACUACAGCACUUGUGCGUGAUAUUAUAUUGAAAAUGCCAUAUUUAACAACCAAUUUUUAUAUUUUUUUGUAAAUAAUUCAAGAGUGAAGUAAUAUUCUAUUAAAAAGUAUGAAUCAUUACAAUGUA